GCACCAAGUUUACGGUUGUUUUCCCGAGUUAUAAACUCAUAAGACUUCCUAUUUCUGAAACGUCGUCAAAAUGGAAGUAGAAAGUUCACAAAGGAACACCAGUAGGCUAUUAUCUACGUCUUCAGUGGAAGAGAGUGUGCAGAUGAUCAAAUCUGAAAUGAUACCGUGCUUACAGAAUUCUAUGCAAACCCUCCAGAAUAUCUGGAGCGAAAUUGGUUUACAAGAAGAUCAGAAAGAGGAAAGAACUAGGUCGGUUUUGUUUCAUUUACGGAAUCUACUUCAAGAAAUGGUGAGCGAAGAGGAACAAUUGAAAACCACUCUUCAAGCAAAUGUGGAAACUUGUACUCAAGAACUGGAAAAGUUAAGCCAAGAACUGGGAUUACCAGUGGAGAAGCCAGAAAAGCCCAUGAGCAUACUUAUGUUGGAAAAUGACCUGCGGACAAAAGUAGACAACCUGAAACUGGAAAAACACGAUCGCAUGAAAACGUUGAAAAACUUGAGAGAGACAGAAUCAAAGUUUUGCAUGCAGAUGUGUCUUCCAGCUCAUGACCUGGGUGAUGUUAAUGUACCAAACAAGGAACAAUUAAAAGAAUUAGAGGCAAAUGUUGAAUACUUGCACAGAGAACAUGGGAAAAGGUUGAAUACAUUCAAGGAAUUAAAACAAUCAAUUCAGACACUUUGGAGAGAAAUAGAGGCAGUCCCAUCAUCUACCAUAGAGCAGGAACUGGUUAAAAGUGAUGCAGAGACAACAUUCAAGCUUUCAUCUGACAACAUAGAGCAUCUGAGGGGACUUCAUACUGAGCUGGAAAAUCAAAAGAAGAGGUUCAUCGCUGAAUCAUCCGAGUUGACUGAGACAAUCAAAUCACUGUGGAGCAAACUUGAAGUUGAUGAGUCAAAAAGAAAAGCCUUUCUUGCUAAACAUGUGGGAUCUAAGCCCUCUGUAAUAACUAAGUUGAAAGAAGAGGUCCAAAGAUUACAAGCCUUGAAACUGCAGCACAUGCAAAAAUUCAUCGAAGGUCUCAGAAAGGAACUGUCUGAUCUAUGGGACAAGUGUUAUUUUGGUCCUGCACAGCGAGAAGAGUUCAGUCCAGCUUUCGAUGACAACUUCACAGAAGAACUCCUGUCUCUUCAUGAGCAUCAAGUUGAGGUCAUGAAGAAUUAUUACGAAGGAAACAAGGACAUUUUCAAACUUGUGGAAAAAAGAGAAACACUGUUUAAGACAAUGGAGGAAUUUGAGAGCAGGAAAAAUGACACUAAUCGCCUUGCAAACCGUGGUGGGGCGCUCUUGAAGGAAGAAAAAAUGAGGAGAGGAAUAAAUAAGGAACUGCCCAAGAUUGAACAGAAACUUAGCACACAAAUAAAAAAGUGGGAAGAAGAGAAUGAACGGCGAUUCCUUAUCAAUGGCUGCCAUUAUAUGGACAUUAUCAACCGUCAGUGGGCAGCAUAUAAUGCACAGAAGGAACAAGAAAAAUUGGAAAGGCAAAAACAAAAACAAGAGCUCAUGGAGAAAGAGAUGGUUUUUGGAAGCAAGCCAGCAACCACACCCAAGAAAAAAAGACCAAUUGGAGGAGGAAUGACACCCUUGAAGACGCCGAAACGAAUGAAAAUGCAGGAGUACACAUCAACACCAUCAAGAUCACACCUCCACUCUAGCAUUUUCCCCUCCCCAAGGCCUGUUGCAGGAAAUACUAAUGGCCGUCCUCCAGUUGCUACAAAACCCAGUAUAAGAAAAGUUGCGAAGACAAUAAAGAAAAAAGUGACACCUUCCAGCAGGAGACAGUCAGCCAGGCUUGCUGUGAAGAGAAAGGUCCUUGCUGAAAAAAAUGGUAACUCUAGCAAGAUGUUGAACAACACUGGCAACACAUCAAUACAAGUGCUCAAUGGAUUCAGUUCAAACAGCAAUAAGAAUGAGUCAAUGGUUGUUUGUACCUCAUAUAAUGAGUUUGCUAAUGGCUUGGCACAGGAAGAGAAUAACUGUCGCAGCAGUAUGCUCAGCAGAACACAUUCAGUGAUCUCGUUUGUCUGACAAGGGACAGUCACAACAUGCAUCUUACACAAAAUGAACUUAUCAAAGAGUUGUAAAGCUAACAUUUCAUCUAAUAUAAAAAAGGCUUUUCUGAGGCUUUGCUCAUUCUAUUAGCUAUCAGCUGUUCCUUGAAAUCAUGUGAAUUUCUGCUACAGUGACAGCGUGUUUGGUGCCAUUAUUUGAACAGAUUUUAACACACAUCUCUGCCUCACUUUGAUGAUUAGUUUCUAUUUUUAAUAGACCAUUGUACAGUUUUGUAGAUUUUUUAAAAACGUUUUGUGGACUAUUUUUAGGUCAAUAGAGUUUUUUGUCUUUUUUUUGUUACAAUAACAUAUUAAAUGAUAUUACUUUCAAAGAACAGGUAGGGUGGUAGUGAAUUCUUUUAUCAUAUUAAGUGAAUGAAGCCACUUAGAGUGCAGUAAUACUGUGCCUGUACUCUACCUUAAUUUUAAUAAGCAGAUUUGUUCCAUUACACCCCUAGGGCCCUUCCUGGGCAGAGACUCAAUCCAAGACUUAAUUUCAAGUGAUUAUUUGUUUAGUUACAAAACACAAUCAGGUUGGCACUCUUUAAUAAAUUUGUGUGUACUAGCAAAGUUAUUAGGGAACUUGUUGCCUGCAUGGCAGUCUUUUCCAUUUCCUUUCAUCUAAGUGGGAAAGGCACUGAGCCAAACCAGAUACAUCAUAGCAUAGCUGAAAGUAAGAAUAAAGAAUCAAGGCCUUGCCACCACCCUUGGAAAUAUUUAGAGAACAGUAUGGAGAAUUUGCAUACUGAUGUUAGGAUGUCCAAGGUUCAGUUACGCUUUAACUCCCAUUAAAGCCCUGUGCCUUUACAUGACUCCCACUCACCUCAGGUUCUUCCCUCUCAGCUAAAAUGCAAAGGAGAAGACUGCCAGGCUGAGGAUAAUUAAAUCUGACACCAAAUGUCAAUACUCCUGUGGACUGUUGGGAAUGGUUGUUCAGAGGGAGGAUAACUCUAUUCAUUGGAUCAAUUGCUAUGAAGGGAGAAAGUGGUCACAAAACAUACCGUGUACUUAAUAGAGAUUUCUGCAAUGGAUAGCCUUAGCUACCCUUUGGACAACUGGGGCCUGGUCUGUAUCAGUAAAAAUGGUUGUAUAUAAUUUCUUAGGAAACUAACAUUUGGUACAAUAAAAAGAUUUAAAUGCCAAA